CGAUCUGUUCACCAGGAUGUAGGAAUCCAUCUUUAUGAAAACCAAAGGACACCUCCAAACAUUAAUAUUUUUAGGAUGCCAGUCUGGAGACACUAUGGUAUAUCAGAUUCUGCUGCAAAACUUGAAAGAGAAGUCAAAUCGUUCCAUAAUAAAUUAAAGAGGUACGGCCUAGGAGAAUGCCUCAUUUCUCUCAAUGAACAUUCCACUAAGUUACUUUCUAGCAAGGACCACAUACCUAUUACAGACCAAGCAGGAGAGACUGACAGACAUCGCAGGGAUCCAUACACUCUUAAGCACCUCAAUCUCUCAGUAACCACAUCUCCAUAUGCAAGCUUUAACUCUGAGGAGCUUCAAGAUUAUUUGCAUAAAGGACAGGAAAACUACUGGCUCAGUCUCCCUUCAAAAUUAGAUGGAUCAAUGGCACCAAUUCUGACAAGAUGGAAAGGCCAGUUUUCUGUGAGAUUGAAUAUAACCAACAAUGGUGCCGCUACAUGGUACUUGAAUAAUGUAAAAAGUUUGAUCAACAAACUUGGUACUAAAUACAUCAAAUUUGAAGGGGUAGAAGGCAACACAUUUCUAGAACAAUCCAUACAACCUCCAAGAGGC